AGUUUCAAUAUUAAUCAUUUGUUAGUUCUUUGGGAAAAUACAUUAAUUUUAAAAAUCUCAUUUUGUUAAGUGUAUACGCAUCUAAAACACAUUCAAAAUGACUACAAAGUUCGUCGUGUUAGCUGCUUUGAUUGGACAAAUGGUCUUUGCUUUUCCGCCCGAGUACAAAAGUUAUGAAAAUGAUUAUCACGACCACUAUGCCCACGCGCCUACACCUUAUCAUUUCAAGUACGGUGUAAAAGACCUUCAUACACACGACAUCAAAAGCCAAAGUGAAGUGAGUGACGGUCAUGGUAAUGUCAAAGGAUCAUACAGUUUAGUAGAACCUGAUGGUUCUACACGUGUUGUUGAAUACACAGCCGAUCACGAACACGGUUUCAACGCUGUAGUCAAGAAAAUCGACGCACCCCACCACUAUAAUGAACACUCUGACAUUGAUUACCAUCAUCACGAAUCAGUUCAUCCGUACAAAUCAUCAUCUUAUUACAAAUUCUACUGAAUUCAAUAUUAUUAAUAUUACCUACAUACAUAUUUUUAUCACACCGUCAUUGAUACCUACCCAUUAUUCAUAGUAUUGUAUAUCAUGCAGUUUUUUUUUUACUGAAUAAAAUAUUAUAAAGACAUA